AUGAAAGUAAUUACGGAUCAAGAUGUUGUAAAUUUUUUAAACAACAACCUAGACAAGUCAUCAAUACUAAAUUUAUUCCAACAUACAUUAUACAAUAGUUUGAAAACAUAUUCAACUAAUCCAAAUAGUAUAGUCCCACCAAGAAUAGCACAAGCAUCAAACAACUCAAACUCAGAUACGACUCAUGUAUAUAUGCCAUGUAUAUCACCUAAUGAAGUGGGAAUAAAAGUUAUAAGUGGAGGACAAGGUAAUAAUGAAAAGGGUUUAGGAUUUCAAGGUUGUGUAUUAAUCAUGGAUGAAAUUACUGGUCAAUUACAAGCCGUUUUGAAUGCUAAUACAUUGACUGCUUUUAGAACAGCACUUGCAUCAUCCUUGGGGUUGAUUGAAAAAAUCAAUGUGGAUAGUGAUAAUAUUUUACCUGAAAUUUCAGUAUUUGGAGUGGGGUUGCAGGCUUAUUGGCAUGUCAAAUUAGCAUUGCUUUUAUAUGAAGACAAGAUCAAAACGGUGAAUAUUUUAAAUCGUACAUUAUCAAAUGCAAAAAAAUUAAAAGACCAAUUCACUAAAGAGUUCUCAAAUAUUGAAUUUAAUGCAUUUCUGUAUCUAGAAAAUGAAGAAGAAUUUUUAAAACACGUACAUAAUAGUUCAAUAAUAUUUGGAUGUACACCAGCUACUACACCAGUCAUAAAAAAAGAGUAUUUAAAUCAAGAUCCUCAAUACCCGGUAUUUAUAUCAUUGAUUGGUUCAUACAAACCGCACAUGAUUGAAUUAGAUUUGGACUUGAUGAAAGAGUUGAAAUCCAAUGGAGUGAAAAUAAUAGUAGAUUCAAAAGAACAUACAUUACAUGAAGCAGGAGAAUUAAUUCAAUCAGAAUAUAAAGAAGAAGAAUUAGUUGAAAUUCAUGAGGUUUAUAAAACUACAAACCCCGAAAUUUUAAAUGAUGUAAGUUAUAAAAACCUAAAUUUAACAGUCCAAAAAAUCGUUGGAUUAUCUAUUAUGGAUUUAUCAAUUGGCAAACUUAUUUAUGACAAGAUUGGGGAUGAUACUGUAAUUGUAAAUAAUUUUUAA